UCUAAAGCCUUUCUGCCUGUUUAUUCAGGCGCAUGUUGUAGCUCGCAGCAGCCUCGAGAAACACUGUACACUGUAUGUUUUAAGCAAUGGUAGAGAGUUUGGUGUGAAACACAGGCUUCGGAUUUAGCAAACUGCUGAGAACAUAAGGCUUGAAUAGGCAACCGGAAAGUACCAACAUGGCUGACAACAGUACACAACCUCAAGCUCCCAGUAAGCUCAAUCAAGUGCAGGAGCAGGUUAAUGAUGUCAAAGUUAUCCUCAAAGACAACAUUAACAAAGUGCUGGAAAGAGGAGAAAGAUUAGAUGACCUGAUUGGAAAAACAGAUGAUCUGCAGGCAACUGCUGACUCAUUUCAAAGGACUUCCACGAGAGUUUCCAGAAAGUUCUGGUGGAAGAAUAUGAAAAUGAUGAUUAUAAUUGGAGUGAUAGUUCUUGUCAUUCUUGUGCUGAUCAUUCUUUUGGCAACAGGAGUCAUUCCCUCAUAAUGUAAUCAGUACCUUCCUGAUUCUUUAUGAAGUGCAAACAUGUGAAGCAGACCCUAAUCCGUCUUAAAUAUUGUUUUUUUUUAACGGUUUUAAUUUUGUAUUAGUUUCAUUUUCACAUUUUAAAUUUUCAAUUGUCUUUUAGCAGAUAACGAAAUGGUUGUACAUAUAUGUGUGUGUGUGUGUGUGUAUAUAUAUAAGACAAAUAAGACAUUUGUAUAUCCACUCCAGCUGAAAGGCUUUAGUUUGAGACUAAGCACUGUGAGUUUAUAUUACUUCUAUCUUAGAGAUAAAUCACAAAUCAAUGUUUCGUUCUCAAGGUCCAUCAAACACUACAAAACUGAAGAAUGUUAAAGUUAAUUGUUACCUAUAGCCUCCUCCAGACCUUUGAAACCUUUAUAGCCGUAAUUUAUUUUUGCAAAUGAGUGAUUGAAUCUGAGUCAGUCUAUAUGACGGGAAAAGUAGAAAGGUAUUCGAUUGUAUUUUUAUUUCUUGACUGUGUUUUAUACCAUGUAUGUUGUGUUCAUGUUUAACUUAGAAUAUGAAAGCUUUUCUUUCUUUACUGUACCCUUUAUUGGACAACAUGGCAAAAUAACGUACACUUUAACCAGACCGAUGUUCAACCCAGGAAGUACUGACUGGCAUGUAAAUACUGCUUAUUGUGUAAGAAAACAGAUUGCUCGUAAUAAAAUGAGACUCUGGAAUACUCACAAGGAAGAAACCUGA